AUGGAGGUAGGAAAUGUAAAAUUUCUGGAUUCUCUCAAUUAUUUUCCUAUGCCUCUAACUGCUCUACCCAAGGCGUUUGAUUUGAAAGAGCUAAAGAAAGGAUACUUUCCACAUUUAUUCAACACUUUGGCUCAUCAGAAUUAUGUAGGGCCAAUUCCAGCGCUCGACUUCUACGAUCCCGACCAUUUAAAGGAAGACGCUCGGGAAAAAUUAUUAAAAUGGCAUGGCGAAAGACAAGCGGAGGGAUACGUUUUUGAUUUUCAGAAAGAAAUCGUUGAAUACUGUAUCUCCGAUGUGGAAAUAUUGACACAGGCGUGUCUCAAAUUUCGAGACCUGAUGAAAACCGAAACCACAGUCGAUCCCUUCCAGGAAAGCACCACUAUUGCAUCAUGCUGUAACAAAGUCUUUAGACGCAAUUUUUUAAAACCUGAGACGAUCGGGGUAAUUCCAAAAGGGGGCUAUAGAUGGCGUGAAAAUCAGUCAAAAAUUGCCAUCCAAUGGCUGUUGUGGGAGGAACAUCAAAGAGGAAUCAAAAUUCAACACGCCGCUAAGGGUAUAGAAACCAUUGUUAAGGGACAUAAAGUAGACGCCUCUCUGUCGCAGAUGUCAGGACUUAUUAAAUGCCAGAUUCUACCGAACCAGAACUUAUAUCACCCCGUUUUACCGUCAAAAAUGAACAACAAAUUGAUGUUUGUUAACUGUCAAAAAUGUGGUGAAGAUUUCGUUCGAGAAGAGUGUCAGCAUUCUAUUCAAGAAAGAAGCCUAAAAGGAACUUGGGUGAUAGAAGAGGUGCUCAAAGCUAUUGAAAAAGGUUACCAGAUUAUAGAGACUUACGAAAUAUGGGAAUACGAUACAAUUCAGCUCAGUAAAGACCAAGAGGGGUUAUUUAGCGGAAUGAUGAACAAGUUUCUACAAAUAAAACAACAAGCUUCAGGAUGGCCCAAACAUUGCUUAACGGAUGAAGAAAAAAACCGUUAUAUUGAUGCAUUUUUGGAUAGAGAAGACAUAAAGCUGGAAUUUUCAAAAAUUAUAGAGAACCCCUGUUUGAGAUCGUUAGCUAAACUUAUGCUGAAUUCCUUUUGGGGUAAAUUUGCUCAAAAAGAAAACCAAAACAAAACCUCAAUAGUCAGAGACUGUGGUGAAUUCUUUGAUAUGCUGACUAAUCCUUCUAUUCAUGUAAAUACAGUUCUCCCGGUAAACGAAGAAACCCUUCUCAUAACUUGGGAAUUUAGAGAAGAGGCCUAUGACGUUUCUUCAACGGUUAACGUUGUAUUGGCUUCAUAUGUCACGGCCCUAGCUAGACUAAAAUUAUAUUCAUUCUUGGAGAAAGUGGAAGAAAGGGCAGUUUACGUAGAUACAGAUUCAUGUAUUUAUAUCUCUCGUAAGGGAUUAGACGACAUAUCUACAGGCGACUUCAUAGGUGAUAUGACCGAUGAGCUCAAUGGGGGUUUCAUAUCAGAGUUUGUUUCUGGAGGACCUAAGAACUACGCCUACAAAUAUACUACUUUGUCUGGAGAGGAACAGAUCGUAUGUAAAGUAAAAGGCAUAUCACUCAACUACAAGGCAUCCCAAGUAGUCAAUUUUGAGAAAAUAAAAGACAUGGUGCUGAAGAAAUCUGAUCCUGUUUCUGUACUUUCUCGACAGCUACGACGUACAAGAGAGCAUGCAGUAGUAACAGUCGAGUUUCCUAAGGUAUACAAGAUAACUUCAAUGAAAAGGAAAUUCUAUGAAGAUCAUACCUCUGUACCAUUUGGAUUUAAGAAAAUAAAGUAUUGA